AUGCCGGCUGAACCCCGUGGGCGAGUCUGGUCGCAAGCGCUUCCCUUUCAACAAUUUCACGUGCUUUUUAACUCUCUUUUCAAAGUGCUUUUCAUCUUUCGAUCACUCUACUUGUGCGCUAUCGGUCUCCGGCCAAGCUGCAUUCCCAAACAACUCGACUCGUCGAAGGAGCUUCACACGGGCGCAGACACCCCAUCCCAGACGGGAUUUUCACCCUCUAUGACGGACCGUUCCAGGCCACUUAGAUGGGGGCUGCUCCCGAAGCAUCCUCUGCAAAUUACAAUGCGGACCCCGAAGGAGCCAGCUUUCAAAUUUGAGCUCUUGCCGCUUCACUCGCCGUUACUGAGGCAAUCCCUGUUGGUUUCUUUUCCUCCGCUUAUUGAUAUGCUUAAGUUCAGCGGGUAUCCCUACCUGAUCCGAGGUCAACCUGGUUAA